AUGCAAUCAACCCGGCUUGAACUGGUCCCCUUAUCCAAAGACCAUUUGCCAGAUUAUUUUUCGUUGCGAUCUGAUUGGGAAAUUGAGAAAUGGAACAGGCCCCAGCCAAUCACCUCAAUAGAUGAAGCAGAACAAGAGCUAUUAGGAACACUGUCGAGUGUCGACCCUACACGAGAUACAUACGCAAUCCUCCUCCGCCGUGACCUUGAUCCCAAGACAAUUGAUAGGCCACAAUGCACAGAAGCCACAGACAAUGACAGUACAAGUGAGAACAGUACAGAUAGUGACACUGUUCUCGUACCUGGAGGGUUCGUCGGCUUUAUAGGUGUCUACAGACUUGAUCAGGUGCCCGACGUCUUCUAUAGUAUCCAUCGAUCUGCAUGGGGGCUUGGGAUUGCGACCGAAGCACUACUCACGUUCACGGAGUUGUUCUGGAAGAUCUACCCCCACCACUAUCGAUUGAUAGGACGCUGUGACACCGAGAAUCCGGCUUCGGGCCGGGUAAUGGAGAAAUCGGGGUUUGAAUACUACGACUAUAUAUGUGCGGAUGAGUUUCAGCCAUGGAUGGUCCCCUCAGCACGAGAUAGUCUGCGAUUUGUACUAGUUAGACCGGGCUACACCUUGGACUAA